CAGGUGACCCGCUUUGAAGACGAAAAAUUAUGGUCACAUUACUGUUACUGUAUGAACGCAUAUACCGUGCACGGCAACAAAGCGCCACCGCCGACCGCGACGGGUGACGUCACUGAUCAUUAUGGUGCAGUAGGGAUGUACAUCGUUCACAUGCUCACCUAACGCCAACCUUGGUAUCUAUAAUACCACGAUUUAAGAUAGUACUAUCUAAAUGAAUAUUGAUUAGUGAUCGCUAGAAGAGCUACCAAGUGUUAUUGCUAAACUUUUGUUGUUUAAUUUUAUACGUUUUUAUUUAAGUAUACUUGUCAAUUGUGUAUUUUAUACGGUUCCUGGAAACUCUAGAAUAUUUUUUCACGAUCUUAAAUCAGAAAUAAAAGAUAUAUUUUAUAACUAUGGCGUUAAAAAAAACCAAAGGUAUACAUUUUUGAAUUUAUAUUUUAACCUGUAUUUAUUGAUGUUAUAAACAAUUGUGUAAUCAGUAUUUGACGUUAGACUGGGUUUUAAAUUUAUGUUACCUAUUUUAAAGUUUACACUUUUUAUCUCUAGAGUGUAGAUGAAAUCUUGUUAGUCUCCAAAGCUAUUUAGUUAUUUACAGACCCUUAUAAAUAAUGGUUUUUCAUAAAAAUCAUGGUUAAUGUAUUUCCAUAGAGUAGAGACAUCAUGGUUAAUGUAUUUCCAUAGAAUAGAGACAUGUUUAAAAUAACAAACAAUAUUUUGCACAUAAUUCCCCAUAAACUAAUCAAAACAAAAUGUACAGGUUCAACAAAACUCAAGGUUCCUGAAAAGUGGAUAGAAUUUGCUCCAAAUUCUACUAUAAUAUGUAAUAAAUUUGUGGCAUUCAAAACACCAUUGGAUAGUAAAUACAAAACACCUGUGAGGUAUAGAUUCAAUACAGGUAUGCUCUUCUCAACAAUGGCUAAAAUGAAGGUAUUAUAAAAUAUUAUUAUUAAAGUAUUUAUUUGUAUUUUAGUAAAAUAAAUAAUGGUAACAAAUGUAUUUUUCACUGAAGAAACUCAGUUUUAAUUAUCUGUAAACUGAUUCACCUAACGUAACUUUAUAACUAUACCUAACAUAUAGCAUUGUUUUGGUUACGCUCCUAGAAAAGGAUGAGAACAGAAAAACAAUUAUACUAAUGUGAGAUAGACUAAUGAUCUAACUUAGUUAAGUGUUAAAACUGAAGGAAGUAAAAUAAAUAAGUUCAAAUAAAAUUAAACUUUUUUGGAUAUUUAUUUCUAUAAUACAUACUCUAAAGCAGUAGUUCCCAACCUUUUUUUAUGGCAUUCCACACAUUUACCCUUUUUGGGAUAUGUGACCCACAUUAAAAAAUAAUAUAUAAAAUCAAAUAUUCCAUAAUAGCUUAAUACAUGAUAAUUAAUAAUAUUGAUAAUACAAGUAAUAUGAAUAAAUUUGUAUUAUAAGCAAAUUUAUCAUUUAAUUUUAAUAUAAUGAAAUAUUUAAUAUCCUAUGUUAUAUAUAAAUAUUAUUGUUUGUACAUUAAAAAAUAAAAUACAAAAAGUUAAAAUAAUAUGAUCAUAAAAUAAUUUCAAUGAGAUUUAGUGUGAUGACUGAGUCUGAAUGUUGUAUAUUUCCCACUGGGGUACAAUCAGAUAAGCUAAUGUGCAUAUCAUGUAUGACAUCUAAUUUGUUUUCUUGUUUUGUUUUAAUAUUGGCAAUAAUUAAAAAUCCUUUUUCACAUAAAUAAGUAGUAGGAAAAAUUAAUAGUUUUUUUUUUGCAUUUAAUGACAAUUCUGGAUAUUUGUUAUAUACUGCUCACCAAAAAUCAAUAAUAGUUUCAUUUUCAUAAGUUUUAUGUUAAGAAAGUUCAAUACUCUAAGUUUCCAGAAGUGCACUGAAGUUGAACUCUUCAAUUGAAACAGUAAAACGAUUUUCAAACCAUUGAAAAUCAUCACAGAUAUCUUUUAAAAAAUAACUACAUUUUAAUUUUCUUAUUUUCUUCUUAUUCUUACUAAUAUUUUUUUUAUUUUUUCUAUAUUAUUACAUUACAAUCAAAAUAUUUUUCUUUCAUCAGGACCCACUAGGUUGGGAAACACUGCUCUAAAGUCUGUGAACCAUUCGCAGGUAAAUUCAAAAAUUUAAUUUUUUUUUGUAAGAAUUUAAAGGAAAUAAUAACCAGAUGAAAAUCACUAGUACAAUGUAGAUACUAAAAUAUGUAUUAAAAUUAAAAUGAACCCUAUAAAUUUCAAAAAAUAUGCAUAAUUGCUUAGGUGACUAAACUAGAUUCAUGCUAAAUAUUGUAUGAAUAGUCAAAAUAAUAUGUUUUAAUUUUUAUUAACAUACUUAAUGAUUGUUUUUAAUUUCAACACAUAAAUACUUUAAAUAUUUCUUUGAUUAUAUUAUCCUCAGAUUCCUAUAUUCUUAAAUUGUAAAGAUAUUAUCAAGUUAUAAGAAUUAUCCCAAUAAUCUACAGUUUACAUCAUAUGUAUUAAAAUUUGUAUUCAGGUACUUUUAUAACAUGUUAUAUUAAGUAAGUAUAUCAAAUCAUUUCAGGUUAAUUUAGGAUUAUGGAUAGACCUAACAAAUUCAAAUCGUUACUAUGAUCAGUCGGAAGUUACCAAUAAUAAUUGUUCUUAUGUGAAACUUCCUUUAAUGGGUCAUGGAAUACCGCCUACUUAUGAAGAAGUUGAUUCAUUUUUGGAUAUUUGUUCGAAUUUUGUUGAUAGUAAUCCUAACCUACACAUUGGUAAGUUAAUUUGUUUUAAUUAUUUGAAAAAAUGUCUGGGUGAAUAGGAUACAUAAGUAAUUCAAUAUUUAGUUUGAAUACUUAAAGCAGCAACUGUCAGCUAACAAACUCUUUAUUAUUGAUAGUUUUUUCCUAGGUGUUCAUUGUACCCAUGGUCUAAACCGGACUGGAUUCUUAAUAGUCGCUUGCAUGGUAAAAGUAUUACAUUAUGAUGUAAAACGUGCUCUACAUGAAUUUGCAACUGCUAGGUAAAAAAUAAAUUAUACUAUUAUGAACAUACUAGAUGAUGAAAUUGUAUACAUUUUUAUAGACCUCCAGGGAUUUACAGACAAUCAUACAUAGAUGAACUAUAUUGUCGAUAUCCAGCUUGAAGAACCUGAAACACCAAAUCAAUGUAAACUUUUUUGCCAAGUAUAAUUCAAUUAUAUAUAUAUAUAUAUAUAUAUAUAUAUAUAUGUAUAUAUGUAUAUAUACAUAUAUAUUAAAUAUUACUAAAUUUGAUUGUCUUUAUUAUCUAUAAACCAUGCAGAAUUGCAUACAUUAAAUAUCCCUUAUAUAAUAUCACAGAGACUAUAACAUUAUCUCUAGUGUAACACAAUAAAUCCUCGACAUACUAAUACCUGGACUGUUUGUCCCCUUGCCCACAUCUAUAAUUAUUGGAUCCAUAGAUAUUAAACUAAUGUAUACGGUUAGCUUAGUUAUUUGUGUCUAAUGCCGUAUCCAUUAGAUUAAUAUCUAUCGAUCUAACAUGGUUAGAAAGACAGAUAGUAUCAUGAUGAAUACCUUAGAAGAAACUAUUAUAUUCCUUGAAAUAAAAUGUUAACGAGUGAAUAACACACAGACAUUUCAAGUAUAAAUGACUGACCCCACAGUAAUAUAAUACAUAUAACAAUUAAAAAAUAUUUAAUAAUGAUCCUGGUUCACUAUGGGUUCGUGUCACGGAUUAAGAUAUAGUAAGUACUUAUAUCAUAAUUCGUGCGUCAUGUCAAUACUUUUGUACAUUCAUCACAAAUCAUUUUGUAAUAAUAAUAAUCACAAUGAUAUUUUGCAAUGUAUUCAAUAAUAUUAUCAGCUACUUGUUGCAAAAUGUGAAAUUUUUUAUGUUUAAAUAAAUUUAAGUCUUCAUCAUUUAACACUGCAUUUACAUUUCUAUGUACAUCUUUGAAUCAUAAUUAUUUAUGUUUUUGAGAGUACUGCUACUGACCUUCAAAAUCAUUGUCCAGUCCAAUGCCAAACAAUUUGUUCUUGAGGAUACUUUAAUCUCUGUGUGUACUAACUAUCAUUUGAAUGCACGUUGAAAUCGUAAGGCUAUGGGAUUGUUAUCAAAUCCUCGUCUGGAACGGAUUGCAUAGAAAAAUAUCAACAGAUGGUCCUGCCUUAAUUUAUAAGUUAAUAAAAAGUCAACACCAUUUAUUAUAAUUGUGUCAAUUAAUAUAUAUAUAUAUAUAUAUAUAUAUAUGUUAUGUUCUGUAAUACAAUUAUUACAGAAAUAAAUUAUUGUUCUUUAAGGCAUUGUAAUAUUUGAAAGUAUUUAAU